AUGGUUCUAUUGGCAACUGUUGACGCUAAUUACCGGUUUACAACUGUCGACGUCGGUUCCAUGGGAAGAUUUAGUGAUGGAAACAUUUUUGCCAACUCCCCGUUAGGAAAGUUGCUGUCCAGUGGGUCAAUGGAUUUACCUGAACCAAAAAGUUUACCAGGGCAAGACACCCUAACGCCUUACGUAUUUAUUGGUGACGAAGCGUUUCCGUUAAUGCCUCAUUUGAUGCGGCCAUAUCCUAAAGUCAGAGUCACCAAUAAUUAUGAAAAUAAAGUUUUUAAUUAUAGACUAUCUCGAGGGCGACAAACCGUAGAAUGUGCGUUUGGUAUACUGGCGGCUAGAUUCCGUGUGUACAAUAGACCGUUUGAGUGUAAAUCGGAAACCAUUGAUAAAGUAGUGCUAGCUAGCUACCAUUGUGCUUCAUAA